AUGCACUUUUCCCUAAUAUUCUCUCUAUUAUUAUCUGCGAUUUCAGCCGAACAUGUCACUGUGACUUAUCAUUUUUGGGAGAAAAACCCAGAAGUCGUUGAAAAAGUGGAAUGGUUCACUAGAUACGUGGCGAAUUCAAAUAGAUUCUGGACUAGUAAUUUGGUAUAUCUUCAACAAAAUGAACAAAACAACAAAAUUCAAAUCUCGAGCGAAAGUUGGAAAUCUGCAAAUAUCGAGGAGACAAUAACAGAUUUGGAUCAUUUGGAUGAGUUUUUUGUGUCCAUUUUCCAAAAGUUUGCUGGCAAACUGUACACGAAUAAGGCAUUAGACAGUCUUCCAGUUUUUGAUGAUACUGUAUUCGAGAGAUCUCGUCACGCUUAUGAAGGAUUGGAGAUAAAUGCAAAAAGUUUGGAAACUUUUCGAUUUGACUAUUGGCUGAAAAUUUCAGAUGACUUUGGGACUUCACACGCCUCGAAAUACGUGUUUUCGUUGCUCAUCCGGAAAAGAACAUUCGAACAAUGGGAAGCAGUUGUCAACUUCGUCUCCGCUAUCAAACGAAGCGGUCAACCAGGCUACAUCAUAGAUUGUGAAAGUAAAAAAGGAUUACUAGAAAACAAAAUCUGUCCAGACAAUUCUGACGACGACACUCCAAUCCUCUACGCAUUCCGGGAUGAAGAAAUUCAAGCAAUUUACGAGGGAGGUUUUCAAAAGAAUCAUGUUCAUGAUUGGAUUUUAACAAUCAAACAACCCCAAAUCAGAAUCCUCAACGAGAACUUGGUCCCUCAGUACCGUAGUGGAAACGUCCCCGGCUUUGAUCGCCCUAGGCAUACUGUGACUAUACUUUUCGUGCACACCAAAAAGUGUCAAGUUUGGAGGAACUACGUGAAGUUUGCCAAAGAAAAUCAUGGAAAAUUCCAUUUGACAGCAGUGGUGUCUCCAGAAGUUAAGAAAUGGUCCUUCCAUCCGGCAUUCAUCACCAUGAAACCCGACGAUCCAUACGUUAAAGCCUUCACCCUCUACAAGGAUAUUCAUUGGAAUCGAAUGGUGGAAUUCUUGGAAGAUGGUGUCCAUCCCGGAUGUCACCCAUUAAUAUCUCCCAGCGAAUUUUUAUUCGCCACUUCUGUUGAAAAACCGCUUCUUGUCUUUUUUGACCCACUCGGCACUAAAAAUGUCACAGGUUUUCAAUAUCAUGCUUCUCAAGAACAAACUUCCGAGCGCUCGGCGUUCUAUGCAGCGAUUUCUGGAAUGGACCUAUUCGGCCUAUACAUCAUGAGCGUGUUCAAUAUAGACACCCCUAGCUACGUCGUCAUUCGAAGAGACGAAAAAGGAUGGUGCCUUUUCAAAAAACCCAUUGAAAAUGAUAAUUUUUUGAGUGUCAAGGCGUGGGUUCAACAUCUGGAACCAUCGCAUUGUGAUGAUUUCAUCGAAGAUUUUAUGUUCCCAAUCGCUCGGUUGAAUCUUCUGGAGCGCUAUGAGGACGUGGAUGAGCUGGAGCAGGAACUAACGGCUGUGGAGAGGAAUAGAGAUGAAUUAUAG